AUGGACUCCAAAAAACAGCCUUUAAUCAAGCCAAGACAAAACCGUAAUACCAGUCCAUGCAUAAGAUGACGGCACAAAAUUGAGCAGCACCCAAAACUCAGAUUCUUUUUGCAGAUCUUUAUUGGCCUUUUCGCAGCGUCUCAUUUUUUGAUUUCUUUUUGGAUUCUUAUAGUAUCUUAUAUAUAGUUUAUGAAAGAUCAUAGAAAAUACGAGCUAUCUCUUGUCCCUCUGAUAUUUCUGGCAGGAGAAAUCGCGGUUUUAUGCAGCACAAUGCUGGGGGUUGUAAUUUACUUGCUUGUGAAGCGAAAAAAUGGAAUGGCUACUUGGCAUCGCUCAGUGACAGGAAUUCUUCUGCGGAAUAUUUUUGUUUCAACUUUAUUUGAAAUUACGCUUAUUUUGUCAAUUUUUUAUAUAGAAACCACCAAAAAAAGCAUUUUAAUUCAUUCAGUAGCCACAAUUUCCUCCCCUUUAAUUAUCCUUUGCCUGGUUUCUGCUCUGAAAGUUAUUUUCUUAGAAACGUCUCAUACGUGAUAUUGGCUUAUUUUAAAUGUUUUAGGGCUUUCUGAAAUAUUUAUUUUUAUUUGGAGAGAAGACUAUGACUAUUUUAUUCCGUGGAGGAUUUCUUUGGCGCCUUUAUGGCUGUUUUUUAUAACACAUCUAGUUAUUUGUUUCUUUUUCUUGGUUGAAAAAAGUGGAAGAAUGGCGAAAUUGCUUGUGGCGUUUUCUAUUAUUGGGUCGAUAUGCGGAAGUGGCUCAGUUACAUUUUUAGCUUUAUUUUUAGAUGGAAACUCAGAUUAGAUUAGAUAAAUGGUUCUGGGUUGUAGAGGAUUAUGUCAGCCUCUACCCGUCCUUACUAAGCUUCGGUCUAAGGGUGCCCUAAGGCACAGAUGGUUACACACAACGGGACUUUUCUUGCCAACGUCACCAGUCUCUCGAGAGGAGACUUGCCUGACCUUUCUUGGGUCUUGCCUCCAUGGCCGAGGACUGUCUUAACCCCUGGCAAUGUUCAGGGUAUGAGGUUAUUGCCUAAAGCUCUUUCUAAAACUACUUCGCCUUAUGCAGGGAAAUAUUGCUUCCCAGAAAUAUGAGCUGACACUGCACCUUCGGUUCUCAUCUGUUGGUUGAGGAAAAAAGCCUGCAUAUUGUCUUGACCGACUUCCUAAAACAAUUGGAUUCACUUACCUAUGGCAGGUAUCAGCUCUCAGAAACUCAGAAGAUUGGGAAAAGUUUAUGAUUCUAGGAUGGGCUGGAUUAUUUUUCUUUACAAUCGCAUACGCCAAAAGAUUUGGAAAAUGGGUGAUUGACACCUUAUUCUGCCAUAUUGAAUUUGAGUUUACUCAGUCAAAAAAGCGUCGUAAUUUAAGAACUAAAUCAUGGAGUCUUUUAUUAUAA